AUGGCGCACAUGCGCACAAGCUCCCGGGUCAACAAAGACGGAGGCGUGCGCGCGCCCGCGCGCGCGCCCCGGAGCCAGAUCCCCGAGGACGUGCGCGUGCGCGGCCACCGCAGAGAGGAGCCAGCGGGCCUGAGGACAGAGGAAAAGGAGGGGCGGGUCGGAGCCGCCGGCCGCCUGAGGAGUUACUUCUCGUACCCGCUGGUCGUCGGCUUCGCCCUGCUGCGCCUGCUCGCCUGCCACCUGGGGCUCCUCUUCGUGUGGCUCUGCCAGCGCUUCACCCGCGCCCUCAUGGCCGCCAAGAGGAGCUCCGGGACCGCGCCGGCGCCCGCCUCGCCCUCAGCCCCAGCUCCCGGGCCGGGUGGCGAGGCCGAGAGCGUCCGCGUCUUCCACAAACAGGCCUUCGAGUACAUCUCCAUUGCCCUGCGCAUCGACGAGGAAGAGAAAGGACAGAAGGAACAAGCUGUGGAAUGGUACAAGAAGGGUAUUGAAGAACUAGAAAAAGGAAUCGCUGUUAUAGUAACAGGCCAAGGUGAACAAUGUGAAAGAGCUAGACGCCUUCAAGCCAAAAUGAUGACUAAUUUGGUUAUGGCCAAGGACCGUUUACAACUUCUAGAGAAGCUGCAACCAGUUUUGCAAUUUUCCAAGUCACAAACGGACGUCUAUAAUGACAGUACUAACCUGACAUGCCGCAAUGGACACCUCCAGUCAGAAAGUGGAGCAGUUCCAAAGAGGAAAGAUCCCCUAACACAUGCUAGUAAUUCACUGCCUCGAUCAAAAACAGUCAUGAAAAGUGGAUCCACAGGCCUUUCUGGUCACCACAGGGCACCUAGUUGCAGUGGUUUGUCCAUGGUUUCUGGAGCAAGGCAGGGUCCUGGUCCUGCAGCUUCCACGCAUAAGGGUACUCCAAAACCAAAUAGAACCAACAAACCUUCUACACCCACAACGGCUGUUCGGAAGAAGAAAGACUUGAAAAAUUUUAGGAAUGUGGACAGCAACUUGGCGAACCUCAUAAUGAAUGAAAUUGUUGACAAUGGGACAGCUGUUAAAUUUGAUGACAUAGCUGGUCAGGAAUUGGCCAAACAAGCACUGCAAGAAAUUGUUAUUCUUCCUUCUCUACGGCCCGAGUUGUUCACAGGGCUCAGAGCUCCGGCCAGAGGGUUGUUACUCUUCGGUCCACCCGGAAACGGAAAGACAAUGCUGGCUAAAGCAGUAGCUGCAGAAUCUAAUGCCACCUUUUUCAAUAUAAGUGCUGCAAGUUUAACUUCAAAAUAUGUGGGAGAAGGAGAGAAGUUGGUGAGAGCUCUCUUUGCUGUGGCUCGAGAACUUCAGCCAUCUAUAAUUUUUAUAGAUGAAGUUGAUAGUCUUUUGUGUGAAAGAAGAGAAGGGGAGCACGAUGCUAGUAGACGACUAAAAACUGAAUUUUUAAUAGAAUUUGAUGGUGUGCAAUCUGCUGGAGAUGACAGAGUACUUGUAAUGGGUGCAACUAAUAGGCCCCAAGAGCUUGAUGAAGCCGUUCUCAGGCGUUUCAUUAAACGGGUGUAUGUGUCUUUACCAAAUGAGGAGACGAGACUGCUUUUACUUAAAAACUUGUUAUGUAAACAAGGAAGUCCUCUGACCCAAAAAGAACUUGCACAACUUGCUAGAAUGACUGAUGGAUACUCUGGAAGUGAUCUAACAGCUUUAGCAAAAGAUGCAGCAUUGGGCCCUAUCCGAGAACUGAAACCAGAGCAGGUGAAGAAUAUGUCUGCCAGUGAGAUGAGAAAUAUUCGAUUAUCUGACUUCACAGAAUCCUUAAAAAAGAUAAAGCGCAGUGUGAGCCCUCAAACCCUAGAAGCAUACAUCCGCUGGAACAAGGACUUUGGAGACACCACUGUUUAAAGCAAUGCCUUUGUAAGCCUGCAGAACAUUCUACUUAACAAGAAACACGAGCUUCAGAGAAUUUAUCAGCCACAGGAACUCAGACUUCGUUUACAGGACUUUUUAGAGUUUUCCUUUUUGCUCACCAAACUUGAAGAGGAACAAAAAGACAGACCUAAAUAAAAUAUGCAAUGUGAAUGGAAUUUUUGUUUAAGGCCGUCUUGCCUGGUGGUCAGUGGUUUUUUUUCAGUGGGCACUGUUAGUUAGAGCACAGCAAAAAAGCAAAAAUAGAUUCUGGCUCUUUAUUGAGAGUAAUCAUUAUGUAAAUAAUAAUUUGUAUAUUGUGUUCAGAUUAAAGUAUUUCAGAGACAGUGACUGGUAGACACAAAGAGCCUGCUGUUGUCUGUCUCCCGACGUUUUUCUUACAACACUCUCUUUUCUGGUUUUCUUUGCUGCUGUUACCCUAGCUCCCUGUGAUUGGAAUACCAAACACUCGGAGUUCUUUCCUGCUUUUCUUACCAACUUCAGUGUGCCAAAUGGAAAUCUUUUCCAUAUGCAGUAAGAAAGAGCUAUACUAAGGCUUUUUUCAACCUAGAUAUACAAACAUUAAACCAUUAGUACUUUCUUUUAUGUUUUGUUUUUCUAUUUUAUUGUCUUGCUGCCAAACAGUUUAGAAAGCAAUAUAAUAGCAACAGAGACUGUGGCACAACAAAGGUUUGAAGGUUUGAGUCACUCUGUCAUGUAACAUGUAGGUCAGUCCUUCUGUGCCCUGCAGUAUUUUUUUUCUAAUACACCAGAAAUCCCUUGUAGAUUUAACUUAUUCCAGCUGGGAUUCAGUUUUUGUGUUGGAGUUAUUCUAGUAUUUUAGAGAGCUGAUGUUAAGUGCUAUAAAUUGCACCAGUGUGAAAGAAGGGACAUACUGGGAGGUACGACAUUUCUAGUUUAUUGCUGAUUACUUUCCUAACAGGAUCAUUAAAUGCCAGUGGCACUACCAUCUUUUUACUAAUUGCCGUUCCUUCCAUGAAAUUUAAAAUAACAAAUUUUUCUACACGGCAUAUAUUUUACAGGUCUCCUGUCUUUGCUUUUUAACUAAAAAGCUCUAGUCUGUUGAUCUACCUUUUGUUUCCAUAAUUGUAUAGUAAUUUUUUGUUGUUUGUAUAAAUAUGGCUGGACUUUUAUUACAAAAAUGCAUUAUAGGAAGUAGAGGCUCAUGUGUGGCCUUUUAAGAAUUGUAUAAAGGCAAAUGGAUAUUUGCCAUUAGUUUACUGGUUAAAAGUUUGUUUACAGAAAUUUUCUUUGGUGCUUAAAUGAUGCCUGUGUAAAAUAUCAUGGGUAGAAAGAAUGGUUUUGUGGUAGUAACACCAACUUCUCAUGUAAGAAAGAUGUUUGAGGAAAUACAUUAAAACACUUGCUCUCCCCCCAGAUAAAAAUUUAUGAUAAAGACUACAUCCUCAGUUUUACUUUUGGUCUUAUUAAAGAUUUAUCUAAACAUAGAAAAUGGCUUAUUUCUUAGAUGCAUAUGCUGUUUGUGGCUGUAAUUUAAGUCAUGUCUCUUUUAAUCAUGAUUUUAGACAUCCCUGAAUGAUAAAAAUGAAGUUUAGAUAAAUAGGGAAACAAUUUAAACCAAAGCUGUGCAUAUUUUUGGUUCUGACUAGUGUCUGUUUAAGGUUCCAGAUGUUAGAGCAUCGUUAUAAAAACUGACAUUGCAAGCCUGUGGUGAUGAUGGUGCCGCAGUUCUAACCCAGAUGUCUACAACAAAACUUAGACUUCAUUGUGUUUUCGUUUAGGAAGGGACUGACAGCAUUGCCACUGUUUAUGUAUUGAGACAGGCUCCAGGUCAGUUCUUAAAAUAGAAGAGUCUUUAAAGUUAGGGUUAGUUUGUGAUUCUUUCCGGAAGAGUUUUAAGAGGUAACAAAAUUUUCCUUUGUCUAAAAGGUACAGAAGUUGAGUUACACUAAACUGAAUCACAGAUGUCACUGUGUGACUGUCAUCAGUGUGUGGACACUCCUUUGUUCAUCAGGCAGGAGGUUCAGUGUGAGAGAACACUUUCUGUGAUGUCUUAUGACCCAGGUUUAUUUCAGGCUUUUUGUUGUUGUUUUUCAAACAGGGUCUCAUGGAGCCUAAACUGGCCUAGAACUCAAUGAGUAGCCUAUUCCUCUUUCUGCCUCUACCUCCCAAGUGCUGGGAUGCCAGUGUGCACCCCACACUGGGACGUUUGUUCUUUUUCAGUAAGAAUAGACGUUGCUGGGGAUUUCCAAACUAACAUUAGAUUUUAAUUUAUAUUAAUUUUAGAUUUUUUAUUGAGCUCUGUUUAUUGUUCAAGAUGAUGUUUAAAAAGUAAGGAUUGGUGUGUUCUUCAUGUUGACAUGACGGAGUCCUGGUAAGCUCGGUGAACUUACUGAUGACCUAACUGAGCCAAAGGAAAGACUCAAUUCCAUCUUUCCAGAUCUGCUAGGGCUACAAAGCUUUCCCGAGACUAGAAGCCAAUUGGAUUUAUUUUUAUCUUUUUAUGCUUAAGGUGUAACUGGACAAACAGAAUUUUAAGUUAAAUAUAUGUGGUAUUCUUUGUUUAUAAUGUAAAAUUGUUUGUUUAUGUGUCAUACAAAACUAACUUGUAGAAUGAAGGCUUACAGUUUGCUUUUCGGAUUCUUAAGGCAGAUUAUUUUCCUUUAAAUGUCUGUCUCAAUUUUAGUCUUAACUUUAACUUUUUACUUCUACAAAAGAAAUGACUUAAAGGGUAUGUUCAGCUGCAUAAAGUGGGUUUUUAUCCUAAUUAAUUUUCUUGUAAAUAAAUGAUAAACUUGGUUUUGCCUUAA